AUGGAGUGUGUUACUGCAAUCAGUCCUCCGGUGGAGAGGCUAGAGCCCAGUGGUCCGCAAGCCUUCUCUACCUACUUCAAUAUCAUCCAUCGUGCAGCAUCUGCCUAUCAAAAUCCCGGUCUUCCAUCAUUUCUCCACAUCCGGACUCAGCCUAGUCAGUUCACCGUCUCUGGUGCUGCACCGAGCUUGAGGGCUGGUAUUCAGCCAACACUACCUCCCCCCACGCCUUUAACCCUUGUUCACAUCUCGCCUCUCCUCAUACCCGUUAUCCUCCUCCGCGUUCUCGUUCUCCCUCUUCUAGCUCUAUCUUUCACCCCUGUUCGUGUCCUCCUUUUCAACCCCCUCCUCUUUGUUCUCCAUCUUCUUACCCACCUAUUCUUGUCUACAUUCUCCAGCUCCUCAUAA